GUGAGAGAUGGAAAGUAAAUUAAUAAGAAAAGGGGAAGAGAGAUGUUGAGGUAGUUUAUUUGAGGAGAGAUUUGAUCGGAUCACAAUGUUAAGACUAAGUCUCCUGGUUAUCCUGCUCUCCCACUCGGCCUGCUCGAUGCUGCUGGGAUGGGUGGAGUCUCCAGGAUAUCCCAGUGGAUACUUGCCCCAUGCCAGUCUUAACUGGAGCAGGUGUGCCCCCAAAGGUCACACCCUCUCCAUCAGGCUCAUCCACCUGGACCUGGAGGACAGCCGGGACUGUGAAAACGAUGCAGUGAAGGUCUAUUCAAAUGGAAACUUGAUUUAUGUUCUGUGUGGCAAAAGGGAAUUUGAGGAACUCCAAUCCACUGUAAAUCCCCUGCUCGUCUCCUCUCCGGGCGGCUGCCUCUCUCUGUCUUUCCACUCCGACUACUCAAACACCAAGAGGCACACUGGCUUCAGAGGCUUUUACACUGUGCAAGACUUUAAUGAAUGUGAGGACGACCCAGAAAACGGUUGCACCCAGUUCUGUCACAACUUCAUCGGAGGGUACCACUGCUCCUGUCGCCAUGGCUACCACCUGGGCAUGGACAAACACACUUGCACAGUGAGUUGUAGCAAGGACCUGUCAGGGUUGAACAAAGGAGACAUAUCCAGUCCCUCCUGGCCUGGUUCAUAUGCAGAGAAUGCCAACUGUCAGUACACCCUGUCUGUGGAGGCCCACCUGCAGCUGGAGCUGCACUUCUCUGGGGUUUUCGAUGUGGAGCAAAGCCCUGAUGGUCAAUGCAUAGACGCACUGAGGAUUGAGACUCUCUCUGGGACUCUGGGACCAUUCUGUGGCGACUCGCCUCCCCCAUCUCCCCUCCUCACUCACUCACAUCACGUCAAAAUCCACUUUACCUCUGACGGCUUCGGCACAAACAAUGGCUUCAGUUUCCACUUCAAGACCAGAGGAAAGGUCUGUCCAGCGGUCGUAACCUCACACUCCACUGCGACUCCUCACAAACCAGAACAUCAUCCAGGUCAAACAGUGACAGUUACUUGUGAUCUUGGCCAUGUUGUGAAUAUUCAAGGCAUCCAGACCUUGUCAACAGAGUAUGAGACAACAUGCCUGAGUACAGGCCAAUGGGUCCCUUAUCACCCCUGUGAAUCUGUAAAUUGUGGCUAUCCUGAUAUCCCAGAAGAUGGUAUUCUGCAGUUGGUGGGCUCAGAUAAUUCACACACUCAGUUUGAAGACCAGAUCCACUUUUACUGCAGUUCAAAGUACUAUACCCUGGAUGGAGACGACACAUACACUUGCAGUGCCAGUGGUGAAUGGGUAUCAAGUGGCGGAGACUCAAAGUUGCCAAAAUGCAAUCCAGUGUGCGGGAUGCCUGAAAAAGAAUCUGUGAGUGCAGGCAGGAUUUUAGGAGGUCAGAAUGCAGUGCUGGGAGAAAUACCUUGGCAACUUUUGAUAAAAAGGCCAAGCAGAGGAGGAGCAUCACUAAUCAACGACCGGUGGGCCGUCACAGCAGCUCAUGUUGUGGAGGGGGUAGAGGAAACUUCUUUGCAGCUGUAUGGUGGACUGGUAGAUGGGAAGAAAACAUCUUAUGCAGUGUCUGACGUAGUUGUCAUGGACAGUGAGAAGAUCAUAAUUCAUCCGGGCUAUGACACAAGCAUUCCACCUGAGAGGCGCACCAAUUUUGACAAUGAUAUUGCUCUUAUCAGAUUAGCUUCCAGGGUGAAUUUGGGCCCAAAACUCCUUCCCAUCUGUCUGCCACCUGUAAACAGGGGCAUGGUGGAAAAUGAGCAAGGCACAGUUUCAGGCUGGGGGAUUACAGAAGUGAGGAAUACUUUUGCCAAGUCUCGUAUUUUGAAAUACGCUCACAUCGGGGUCUACUCCCUCGAUGUGUGUCGGGAUACACCUUACUCAUCACCUAACAACCGCAUGACUUUCACUGAUAACAUGUUCUGUGCUGGAGCAGAGGGGAAGGACAGCUGUCAGCAAGACAGUGGAGGUCCAUUUGUUCUACCUAUGUUGUCUACAGGCAGUGGGCCUUAUAAUCUGGUUGGCAUUGUGUCCUGGGGAUCCCGCUGUAACGAGAGGAAGUUCAAGGGGUAUUACACCAAAGUGGAGAAAUAUGUACACUGGAUUAAGGAGACAAUGGAUAAAGUAGACAAAUCUACACUGGAAACAACAUUAAUGUUUCACUUGAAUGUGAGGCAUUUGCUCCUACAACAGUUGAUCAGUUCACUCACAGAUAUAUUUAAUUCAGAGAUGGGGUGGACCCACUGUAUCAUCUGGUUUCUGUAUGUGUCAGUGUGUGAGUGCUGGCCGCUGCCUGACUCUGAGCCUCUAAUGCACGGGGAGGUCCAGUCCCCCCAGUAUCCGCAGCCUUACCCUAUCAACCUGCUGGAGCAAAGGGACCUCAGUGUACCCGAGGGCUACCAGAUCCGACUCACCUUCACACACAUGGACAUUGAAGCUUCUGCAGGCUGCUACUACGAUUCCCUUACAGUUCUCUAUGAUGGAAAGGUCCUGGGAAAGUUUUGUGGCCAUGAGAAUUCUGCCGAUGGGCAUCACCCUGGCAACCAGCCCAUCUUCUCUCCAGGCAAUAGACUCACCCUCAUCUUCCAGACAGACAGCAACAACCCAGAGCGUCACCAGAAUGUGGGCUUCUCUGCUCAGUAUCAGGCAAUAGACAUAGAUGAGUGUUCUGCGCCCGCCCCCGUAGAUGGCUCAAGUCCACUCUGCGAUCAGAUCUGCCUCAACACCCUUGGCUCAUACCUCUGCUCUUGUCACCACGGCUAUGAACUUCGCUCAGACCAGCGCACCUGUGUGUUAUCCUGCGGUGGUGGUAUUUUUGAUGAGCCAGAGGGACAUCUGUUCAGUCCAGGAUACCCUAACUCCCCACCGCAUGCCGUGUCCUGUCAGUACAUCAUUUCUGUAGAAUCUGGCUUCACUGUGUCUCUCAACUUCUCUGACAACUUCCACAUCGAGAGCGUGGGCACUCAGCAAGGCCCAAACUGUCUCCAUCACUGGCUGCAGGUGACCAUUCAAGACAAAGAGCCCAUGAAGCUGUGUGGUGCAAAGAGUCCAGGCCUGAUAGACACAAACUCCAAUACUGUCAAACUGGACUACCACACUGAUGAUGAAGGUCUGAGCAACGGCUGGAGCCUGGACUACAGCACACAGAGAGUGCAGUGCCCAAUCCCUGCUAAAGUAGUUAAAGGCAGAGUCACACCGAUCUUGACCGAAUAUUUCUACAGAGACUACAUCUUUGUGCGAUGUGACCAAGGAUACAAGCUGAUGACGGAUGGUCAGGAGAUUGAGAGCUUCUCUACCAUGUGCCAAAGCAACGGACAGUGGCACCUCCCUCUGCCAGAAUGCCACAUAAUUGAUUGUGGAGAACCUGAAUCUUUGCUGAAUGGAGGGGUGACCUUCCUGUCUGGCUUUCAGAAUCAGUACCGUUCUGCUGUUCAGUAUCACUGUAAUGAACCAUUUUACUCUCUCCUUGGGGGCGUAAAUGUUAGCUUCACCUGUGAAGCAGACAGAAAGUGGAGAUCCAACCAUGAUGCUGUUAUCAGUCCAAUGUGCCUACCAGUUUGUGGCAAGCCAACAGCACUCAUCUCUUCCUAUGAGAGGAUCAUUGGAGGCAAUGAUGCUCCAGUGAAUACCAUCCCUUGGCAAGUGCUACUGAGUGUAGAUGGAGGCAGAGGAGGAGGCAUGGUGAUUGCAGACCACUGGAUUAUGACUGCAGCUCAUGUCGUAGCAAAUAAUAAUGGAACACCAGCAUCAAAGGACGUUGUACGGAUUUACAUGGGACUUAAUGAAAUUCAAACCUUAAACGUCUUGCCUAUUAAUGCUGCCUCAGUCCAUGUUCACCCUGGUUACAACAACAUCAACAAUGUAAACUACAACAAUGACAUUGCAUUGAUCAAACUGGAAGACCCGAUCACAUUCACUUCAUCCGUAAUGCCCUUAUGUUUGCCAGCAGAGGAAGACACAUACCUCACUGGCACCAUUGGAUUGGUGUCAGGCUUUGGCGUUACAGAGACGGCAGACAAACGACGGGUUUUAACAAAUAAGCUGAAGUACUUGCAGGUCCCUGUGGUGGAGCAGGGGAUAUGCAGUACUUCCAUCACUGCGUUUAGGAGGACAAGGCCUGGCGUACCAAACCUGACAAAUAACAUGUUUUGUGCUGGAGUCCCUGAAGGUGGGAAGGACUCCUGCCAAGGUGACAGUGGAGGCCCCUAUGCCCUAUAUGACAAUGGACGGUUCUGGGCUGCAGGGAUUGUGAGCUGGGGCGUUGACUGCGGCAAGAAGGGAACAUAUGGAAUCUAUACCAAAGUCACCAACUACGUGGACUGGAUCAAGAAGACCAUGGAAGAGAACUGAAAUUUACAGUAAUUCAUUACAACCUGAUGUGAAGAUGAUGACAUUUCUAAUAAAAUAAGAAGAAAGAGAACUAAUUUUGCUAUUUAAUUAUACUCUUGUCUGCAGAAUUAAUAGAUAUUGUGUCACAAGAAAAGUUGUGAAUUAAGAUAAUCUUCCAGUUGAUGAUAAAACGAUUAAGUACAAAUUCCUGCUUAUGAUGAUUAGAACCAUUUCAGAACUUUCUAAAGUUAUUGAAUGAAUGCCAUACACAUUCUUCACUAGUCAUUGCAUUGUAUUUUCAAAAGCAUCUUUUCUUCAAGUGUGAAUAAAGUGAUAUAAUGCAGAUCUA